CAUUUUCCAGCAACUAGGGUUUUUUCCCCUCUUCUUUUACUGAGGGAGUUAGAGUUGUCCGAUUCUUACCCAUUUCCAGUUUUUACUGUUGUCAUCACCACAUGGUUUUUAUUGUACAUUUUCUUAAAAGAAGUGCAGACAAAAAAGAUUGAGUCUUUCUUGUAAACCAAUAGAAAUUUCUGGAGGUUUUUCCAUUCUUGAAGAUUGAGUCUUUCUUGUGAACCAAUAGAAAUUUCUGGGUUUUUUUACCAUUCUUGAAGACUGAGUUUAAAGAUUGAUGGCUAAGACUAAACCUGGAAAGAAAGACCUUGAUUCUUACAGUAUCAAGGGCACCAACAAAGUUGUUAGACCUGAUGAUUGUGUAUUGAUGAGACCAUCUGAUUCUGAUAAACCUCCAUACGUGGCAAAAAUAGAGAAGCUAGAGGCUGAUCACCGGAAUAAUGUGAAGGUCAGAGUUAGAUGGUAUUACCGACCCGAGGAGUCUAUUGGUGGUCGCAGACAGUUCCAUGGGGCCAAAGAACUGUUCUUGUCAGAUCACUUUGAUGUGCAGAGUGCACACACCAUUGAAGGGAAGUGCAUAGUGCACUCUUUUAAGAACUACACCAAAUUGGAGAAUGUGGGCCCUGAGGAUUACUUUUGCAGGUUCGAGUACAAAGCUGCCACAGGGGGGUUUACUCCUGACCGUGUAGCUGUGUAUUGUAAGUGUGAGAUGCCCUACAACCCUGAUGAUCUCAUGGUACAAUGUGAAGGAUGCAAAGACUGGUUCCAUCCCUCUUGUAUGGGCAUGACCAUUGAUGAAGCAAAGAAAUUAGAGCAUUUCUUGUGUUCUGACUGUUCCUCAGAAGAUGAAACCAAACGUCCUUUGAACUCAUUUCAUGUUUCACCACCUGAUGAAGCAAAGGUGGAGCCAAAGCGCAGGAAGAGAUAAAUAGCUGACCUUGAUGCAGUAUGAGGAGGUGCCUGUUUCUAUAUUGGAUUACAUGUGAAGCUGGAUGUAUGAUGACAAGCCUGUAAGAGCUGAUCAAGAAUCAUAUUGAUGAAUAAGAACUUUGCCUCAUCUCGAGUUGCAAUAUAUCUGGUUAGGAUCUCCUGAUCAAGAAUCAUAUUACAACAACAUACCCAGUGUAAUAUCAAACCAUGGGACAGGGAAAAAAGAACAGCUUUCUAGGUUCUGCCAUUGUAGGGUCAAAAAUCUCACAAGUACGCAGACCUUACCUCUUCCUUAAAAGGAAGAGAGGCCUGAUCAAGAAUCAUAUUACAACAACAUACCCAGCGUAACCCCACAAGUACGCAUACCUUACCUCUUCCUUAAGAGGAAGACAAACCUGAUCGAGAAUCAUAUUACAACAACAUACCCAGUGUAAUCCCAAAAGUACACAAACCUUAUCUCUUCCUUAAAAGGAAGAAACACCUGAUCAAGAAUCAUAUUCGUAGUGUACUAAUUCGCUUAAAUUUUCCUGGGAACUCGUUGAUCAAUAGUGAUCUUUUGAUCGAUGUCCCUUGCUACAAUCCUUGUAUGUGAUUAAUGGAAGAUUGAGAAACUUCCGUUGCUGAAAAUGAAGUUAUUUCUGCUACUUGGGC